GCCUUGAGCUAGGUCGCAGUGCUCCAUUGCGAUCCCAAGCUCCUCCUUCAUCCAGCGCAAAGACUAUGGGAAGAGAUUUCCGUCGCUACCACCGGGAGCGAUGUGCCUCGGCCCCUACCGUCUCGGGAUAUUACGAGAGGUUCCCAUCGCAGGAGCCUCCGUUUCGUCCAAACUUAAGAUACAUCAAUCCAGACGUGGGCUAUGAGGCACCACAUCGAUCCGCAAGGACUGCUGUCCCUGGCGCUGGAGAAUCGACGCUGGACCAGCGGCUGAUCGAUCGAAAUCCAGACGGGUGGAGGCCUUGCCACCGCUACAUUGAUCCUGGAAGUGGCUCGCGCAGCGAGAAGCCAUUCCGGCCUUGCGUGAAGAAAGUUCCAGGCCCGCCUGAUAACCGAUCCGAUCCAUGGAGGUCGAGCAAGCACGCUGUAAAGCACGUCGACGAGAGCAAGGGCGACGAUAAGUGGAGGUCGACGCGACACAGGCCAUCCAUUUUCGAGGACUGGUACCUCGACGCCUCGCUCCAGGAGGACUGGCGCUCGACGAAGAAGCCGGCUCGCUACACGCACCAGCCCGAAUGGGUUCCUCCUUUCAGGGAAUACGAGGGCAAAGUUCCUCAGCGGGUAACACUCUAGCUUGUCUUUGAUUGCAAGC